AGUUUUUUUGUCACCGUCUAGUGUGCAAAGAGAAGAGAAAGGAUAAACGCGGCAUAAACUUUUAAAGCUUUUCUCAACAGACAAUCUGUCCUGUCCGUUUUACGAAAGAGGGGACCAUGGAGACGGCCAUUAAGACUGUGGUGGGGGUGUACCUGAAGUCUGCGAGGGGGAAGGAGACCCUGGGGGACAAGGACUUUAAGACGCUGGUGCAGAACAAUCUGAAGAACAUAAUGACGGACACAGACAGCUCUGAUGCAGUAAAGCAGAUGCGCGAGGGCCUCGACAGCAAUAACGACGGCAAAGUCAGCUUCCAGGAGUACAUGACUCUGGUGGGCUACCUGGCCCAGGCUCUGAGCCAACAGCGCAGUGGCGCCAAGGAAACUCAGGCCGAGAGUUCGGCUGCGGAGACUCAGGCCGAGACGCCGGCGGCGGUGAACUCCGAGCCUGAGGCAGCGGCGAAAGAGGAGGAGAAAGAGGAGAAGCCAGCGGAAGAGAAGCCAGCGGAGGAGAAGCCAGCGACCGAAGAGGGGGAGAAGUCGGAGGAGGCGAAUAAAGUGACGCAAGAGGAAGGAGAAGAGAAAGCGGAGGCAGAGGAGGAAAAAACAGAGGAGGCGUCUUAGGGGAGCCACACAGAAUCUGCUAACAUG